AUGUCUUUGAACGGUGCAAACAGAAGCAACCAUCUCGCACGUAUCGUGCCCAAUGUCACCAUGUUAAUCCAGGACGAAUACGGCAACAUGGCCUCUUAUAACAACAAUGGCUAUCCUGGCAAUGCAGACUUGAGCUCUUCGGCAGCUCUCGGAGGAGUCUCAGCUCUAAACUACGAGGACAGCGAUCUUAAUACCAUCACUCGCAGUCAGAUGAGCCAAGAUCUCAUAGCCUACCGCUACGACUUAGAGUUCUGUCAAACUCAGCUGACCACGCAACCAGAUCUCAGCCCCCAAGAGAUCCGCACACUGCAGAUCCGCAUCCUAGACUGCGGCCACAAUAUUCGUCACUGUAAGCAUCGGAUUCAGAUACUCGAUGCCCAGGCCCGUCUAGGUGUUGCAUCUUAUUCGAAUCCUUUCAAAGGUUCGGGGGCCAGCCCUUACCGCUCCGGAGGUACCGCCAUACCUACGGGCAAGCACAAGCGACAGCGCGUGAGAAAGAGUGAAAGCAAUGACUUCACUAGCACCGGACACGAUAACGGCGGCCUGGGCGCAGCCAUUGAUGUGGAUGCUGAUGUAGACGGUGCUGAAGGAAGCAUUGUAGCUAUGGGCUCAGACGUAAGGAUAACUGAUUCACCCGGAGCACCUACGAACACUUUACAACGACUCGGAUACUGGGACUGCCGCCUUUGCAGGUCCAGAAAGUAUCUGGAAGCUGGUCCAAACCGAGUGCCUAGUGCGCCUUGCAAAUGGCCGCUAAAGGAUAUUUCAAAGAUGAUCAAUCAUUUUCUCGAUUUGCACACCGAGCACACGCCGAAAGAGCGAUGCAGUGAGCUGGGUGAUGCGCUGGCGCGAAAUCGAGGCCCUUUCGAGUAUUGGCUUACCCGAACAAAGGGUCAAGAGAUCGAAAAUAUCGACCUUAUUAACGACUACAUAUGCAUGCUUCAGGAUGGUGCUUUACCAGAUGCAAUGCGCGGCCUACUUCGCGCUGCGACACUUUUCCCUAACACCGUAUCUAAUUCCUAUAAGAAGUAGCACGCACUCGAAAAUCGCUUCAACACAUCUGCAUGAACGUGUCUAAUUACCUAGCUAAAGAGUGCGCUGAGAAGUUAGCAAGGAAGCUCUUUCGAGGAAACGCAUUUAAGGCCUGGCUGGCCUACAUACCCAGUCCACUAUCUAUUUGCUUCGACGGGAUUCAGAUCAUAUUUGCUUUUCAAGCGCUGAAGAGGGAUAUCAAGCUCACUUUCGCAUGUAUACUAGCAUAGCAUCGGAACAUCUAACCUGGGCAGAGUCCCAAUGGCUUCAUUUUCACUUGCCGUGGCUUUCAUUACUGUGCUCUAUAUAUGGCAGGAGAACCC